CUCAGAGUCCAGUUAAUAGUAGUCCUCGAGAAAAUAAUCAUGAAGGCUGAAGUUACACUUUUGAUUGUUACUAUUUUCCUCGCCUGGGCGGUCGCUAGAUCUCCUCCAAAGCCAGGAUGUACCGAGACGGAGUGCCCGGGACCUCUGAGAUACUAUAAUGAUUUAGGAUGUCAGCCUGUCAAAACAAAUCCUGAGGACUGUUGUGCAGAAAAAUACAACUGUGAUCACUUAGAAUCGCGAUCAGAUGAUAAAUGUUACGCGUUUGGCCGCGAAUACAGUCAUGGAGAACAACUGAAGCAAGAAGAAGGAAGUUGUUUGCCAGAAUGUACUUGUUCCAAGAUGGGUGACGAAAAGGCUACAUGGGCUUGUGCUAGUAUUUUAUUACCAGCGCCAGCCCCUGAAGGCUGCUACCGUCCACGAAACGCUUCAAUGUGCUGGGAUGGUCCAGACACUUGUCCUCCCAAUGCUGAUGACAUUGCGAAGUGUGAAGUGGAUGGAAACGUUCUUCGUGAUGGUGACUAUUUUGAACCGACAUCAGAUCCCAACUUGGGCUGUUGGUGUGGACCUGGUUAUGAAGGAAAGAAUGUAGCGCCAUUCUGUAAAGACAUGCGUCAGCAAAAAUGUGGACUUGAAUUGAACAAUAACUGGGAGCUUGAAAAUAAUUGCGCUCCAGUAUGGAACGUUGGACAAGACGGCAGAACUCAUUGUAAUUUCAUGUGGCGAUGUCAGAAAGAUGGGGAUGUGGUGAAUCCAAGAGAGGUAGAGAUGGGAACACCCGAAACUAUCACCCCAGAUCCUGAGGGUAUGACAUGUAAGAUUGGAAAUCUUGUUCUACGACGUGGAGAUAUCCUGGGCCAAAAGUCCCCCGAUACUCUAGAUUGUAUCAGAUGUAUAUGUGACGUUCCACCUGUUGCUACUUGUCUGAAAUUGCCCAUGGACGCAUGUUAUAUUACUGCUGAAGAUUUGGCUGAUUCUCAUGAGAAAAAGGCUUAAACAUUAAAAAAAUUACUAUAGUAUAAUCCGCGUGCAAUAAAAGCUCUAUUCUUGAAUACAUUAAAGUGCUCACCCGACUUGACGAGCAAUCAGAUUUCCAAUUUAUCAAGGACAGAAUUCUGUUUCUCCAUUGUUCCCUCGCACACUGUCGACUUAAUGCGGAGGUGAAUGAAAAAUGUCAAAAUAAUUGUUAAUAUGUUUAAUUUAUUGUAAACACUUUAUUGAGUAGAUUAUAUACUUUUAACUGUUA